AGCCGAGGCGGCCACGCCCCCAUCUGAGUCUGCAGGCGUCUCGCGCCAGGGUCGUCUGCGGGGAGAGGAUCAGCCUGGGGCAGGUAUAACAAUGGAUCUAGUCCUGAACUACGUAGAUUACAACUUUUUUACACCAUAUGUGUAUCCAACCACAUGGCCAGAGGAUGAGCCCUUUCGACAGAUCAUCAGUCUCCUUAUUGUAACAAAUCUUGGUGCACUUGUGCUUUAUUUGCUGUUUGGAACUCUGAGCUACUACUUGGUUUUUGAUCACUCUCUGAAGCAACAUCCCCAGUUUCUAGAGAAUCAGGUGCAGCUUGAGAUAAAAUAUGCUCUCCAGUCACUUCCCUGGAUCAGCAUCCCCACAGUUGCACUCUUCUUUGCAGAGGUCAGAGGUUACAGCAGGCUUUAUGACAACAUUGAAGAGUCUCCAUAUGGAUGGUUUGGUGUAAUCCUUAGCAUGCUCUCUUUCCUUUUCUUCACCGACAUGUGCAUUUACUGGAUUCACAGGUUCCUCCAUCAUAAACUUGUGUACAAGCGUCUGCACAAGCCCCAUCACCGCUGGAAGGUUGCUACACCGUUUGCAAGUCACGCCUUCCACCCCGUGGAUGGUUUCCUGCAGAGUAUUCCCUAUCACAUCUAUCCCUUCCUCUUUCCUUUGCACAAGGUGACCUACUUGGGUCUCUACAUCGCUGUCAAUGUCUGGACAAUCUCUAUCCACGAUGGCGAUUACCGCGUGCCAGAUUUCUUGAAACACAUUAUCAAUGGCUCUGCCCAUCACACUGACCAUCACUUGUAUUUUGAUUACAACUACGGUCAGUAUUUCACGCUCUGGGAUAAAAUUGGCGGCUCCUACAAAAACCCCUCAUCCUUUGAAGGGAAAGGACCACAUGAUUAUUUGAAAAAGCUAAAGAGCGGAGAAUUGCCCAGUAUUAAAAAUGACGACCAUGCAGAUGAUGUGGUGAGCAGAGACGGUCUAAAGAAUAAAUAGGUUGUAAAAAGGCCCUGACUUCCCUUUUCCAUUUUUUUAAAAGGGAAAACCUGCUUAUAAAGAGCCCUUCCCCUAUUAAAUCAUUUUUGAGAUGAAAGCAUUUUAGGUGCCUAGGGUGGUUAGGAUGGCAUGAUGUAGUUAAGGACUACAGUACAGUCCCAUAAUGGGGACUGUAUAUGGUGAGAGUAAAAAGCAUAAGACCUAUGUAAGGUCUAAUGUUGAUGUGACAAUGAGAAUUUUCUGCAGCACUGCAUACAAAUGUCAGUGAACUGAAAUUGAGUGCCUUUUCUUAGCAUAAUGCAUUAGAGCCCAAGUUAGCAUUGAAAUUCUACCAUAAUGGCAUUAACGAGACCUUUUUGCUAUACUCAAAGCCUUCUCCUGAAAGUAGUGUUGUUCCAGAUAGUAAGUUCUCUCUGCACAGUGAUAACUUAUUGGGAAUUUUGUUAAUUCAUCUAGAAUGCUGUAGGUGGCGCUAUACAGAAACUUCGGUAUUGCUGCAACAUUGGUUCAGUGUACUUAAAAGGAAAAUGUUUGAAUAAAGGAAGACACUUGAGGAAAUACAAAUGAAUGCUUUGCAUGUGGAAUGUGACAGUACAUUGUCCUGCAUAUACAUACCUGUAGCUUAAUAAAAGAUGGCAUGGACAUUUUCCAAAAACUAACUUAUCCAGAUGUGCUGCAGGUGUCCAAGCUGCACAGGGAGUUGAAGCGCAUGUGAUUUGACUAAGGGAAAGACAUCUGGAACUCUCAAGCCCUAUAUUAAAGCAGAGGAUACCAGCUGGUGGGAACCUUCUGACCCAUAUUGUAAUGUUCUCAAGUUCAGUUUUGGCAAGGCAGGGUGCGAGUACAGGUUGGUUUCAAACUUCUGAACAAAGCAAACUCCUGCCUGCUGGUCCCUCCCAGUGGCCUAAGUAAAGUGAGAUGCAUGCACAGCAGUUUACCAACAGACCAUCUCUGGUUCAUAUUGUAAACAAGUAGAGCAGUUUGCAUAGACAUGUACCCUUCCUGAAACUGGAGC